AUGAAAAAUCGCACAACUGUGGAUAAAUUGGUUCUCGCUGGUCUGUCUGAUCUUCCAAGUCUUCAACUUCCUCUGUUCCUGGUGUUUCUCCUGAUCUAUCUUUUAACUCUGACUGGGAACCUUCUAAUCAUUCUCCUGAUUUUCACUGAUUCCCAUCUUCACUCCCCCAUGUACUUCUUCCUUGGAACCCUGGCAGGUCUAGAUAUGAGUUGCUCCUCAGUCACUCUCCCAAAAAUGCUCUUUGAUUUACUAAUUGAAAUAAGAAUCAUUUCUGUGAGAGCUUGUAUAACUCAGGCCUUCUUCUUCUACUUUUUUGCUGUAUCAGAGAUGUCUGUGCUGGCAGUGAUGUCCUAUGACAGAUACAUUGCCAUAUGUCGGCCUCUUCACUACAUGCAGAUAAUGAACUGGAAUGUUUGUGUUCAGCUUGUAUCAGACGUACUGGUUUUUAGUGCAAUAUAUUCGUUGGUGCACACUCUUUUUUUAACUAAACUGACAUUUUGCCACCCAAAUGUGUUGCAAAGUUUCUUUUGUGACCUACCCCAGUUGCUUGAGGUCUCCUGUAGUGACACAUUUAUCAACAUAUUGCUUAUAUUUCUCAUUGGAGCAAUGUGUGUAGUAGGAAUAUUAGGAGUCACCUUUUACCCAUACAUUUCUAUAAUCACCACUUUAUUGAAAAUGACUUCAAAACACAUGAGAUCCAAAGCUUUCUCCACCUGCUCCUCUCAUCUAACUGUGGUCUUUAUAUUUUACACUGCUAUUUUCUUCAACUACUUUCGCUUAAAUGCAAAUGAUCAUUUAAUUGAGGCCAAAGUGGCUUCUGUAUUUUUUGCAAUUUUAACUCCCUCUCUAAAUCCUGUGAUCUACAGCCUGAGAAACAAAGAACUCAAAUUAUCCCUAAGAAGAGCGUUAGUAAGACUGCAAAUGACUUCUGGUUUGGCGCCUGAUAGAGGUUGCAGCAGGGUAGCGGGGCUCCGUAGUAAACCCUCAGACUCUGCUCAAUAG